CGCGCGGCGCGCGGCGCACAGUCACCAGCUGCUCUCCGGCCGCGGACCCGCCACCAUGGGUGUGCACAAGCAGCGAUCGGACUUCAGCAUCACUGUGGACCAGGACGAGCUGAACGGAUCAACAGAACCGAUGGUGUCCAAGAACAAGAAGGCUGCGCAGGACCGAGACCCGAGCCGCAUGAACGCGCAGCUGAAGGUGGGGUUUGAGGACAUCAUCGCGGAGCCGCGCGCCACGCACAGCUUUGACAGCGUGUGGGUCGUCAGCCACGCCACCUUCGAGCUGGUCCAGUUCUUCUUGUACCGGCUGCUGAGCGCGCUGCUGGCCGUGCCCGCGGCCUUCCUGCUGGGCCUGGGGCUCGGCGCGCUCAGCUGCGUCCACAUCUGGUUGGUGAUGCCCACUGUCCGGGGUUUCCUGGUGCUUCUUCCUUCUCUGCAGAUUGUGUGGAACAGCCUGAUGGACACGUUUGUAACGCCGCUUUUCCACAGCGUGGGAAAAGUCUCGUCCUCCAUCCGAGUUCAAAUGACAGAAAACUGAUGCAGACCGCUCUCGCUCCCACAGGAAGAAGGGACGUAACGUAGGAAAGAGUCGAGGGGAUGAAACAAGCUGGAAAGAUUCAUGUGGAACACACGAGUCUUCAUUAAAAUAUAAAACGCAGA